GAGAGAUUGAAGAGAAGCUUGGGGAAAUGUUCAGUGGAAAAUCUGUAGAAAUGAUGUAAGAGAAAGCAAAGGCAGGGAUUGGAGUAAGGGGUGUAUAACUGAGACUAUAAAAACUCAGAGAGAAAACUCACCAUCAGGGCUGUUUGGGAGAAACUGCACAGACAGAACUCUCAAGUUAGAGCCUUCUGAUUUUCACAAGAUGAUGGACUGGAGAUUGGCCAAUGCACAUUUCAUCCUGGCUGUGACACUGAUAGUGUGGAGCUCAGGAAAAGUCCUCUCCAUGGAUAUAACGACAGAGGCCUUUAAUUCUGGAGUCACAGAUGUUCAGUCACCACCCACAGUCAGUGAAGAGAAAUCAGCCACUGAUCUGGCAGCAAAACUCUUGCUUCUUGAUGAACUUGUGUCUCUGGAAAAUGACGUGAUUGAAACAAAGAAGAAAAGGAGCUUUUCUGGUUUUGGUUCACCCCUGGACAGACUUUCUGCUGGAUCUAUAGAACAUAAAGGUAAACAGAGGAAAGUAGUAAAUCAUCCAAAAAGGCGAUUUGGUAUUCCCAUGGAUCGGAUUGGUGGAAACCGGCUUUCAAAUUCCAGAGGCUAAUUGAUUUCAUUAACUUCCUUGAGUGAGAUGUCAUAGCAAUAUGGAAGAUACUUCAGUGAAGUCACACACUUCUAAUGAAUAAACUUCUAAGGAACUGACUUUCUGCAAAUUUCUCCCAAAGCUUGACCUUCAAGCCAUUAUAUCACAGUAUUGUUAUGACUUAAUUAAAUUAUAUAGAUCAUUUUAAUCCAUGGGCUAUUAAAAUACAUACUUUAGUUACUCAGGAAGUGGUUAAUUCCCCCUAUUUCUUUCUGAAAAAUAAUCAAAAAUACUGUACAAUAAAGUUCCUCCAAUAUAAAUUUACCGUUUAUGCUUAUGUAAUUGAAGAAUAAUAUCUGAAGAUGAAUAUGUCUCUGUAAAAUGUUAUAUGAUCCAUUAUUCUGAUACUAUUUGUUCAUUAUUGAGGAUAUAAGGGAAAAUGAUGCUUUAUAUAUUCUCCUGAACAUUUUUACUUCUCUCAUGUCCAUUGUCUGUGACUUCUUAGGCAAUGAUUAUGAAAUUCGACUUCUCUGGGCAUAUUCAAAUUUCAGUCUGACUCAACUAAAAAAGAACAGCCUCAAAUACAGAAUGAGAUUAAAAAUGGGGUUGGGGGAGCUUUCUGAUCUAAGGAAAAUACAGUUACCAGACUCAUAAAUUUUACUUUCUGAAAGAACUGCGAAAAACACCUGCAAGUCAGAACAUAAAGAAUUAGAACCAGUAAAUGAAAAUUAUUAUUCAUUUGUCAAGGCUGGGAAUUUUGUGGGCCCUAACUUUCCACUCUGUUAAAUUACAACUGGUGGAUAAUUUUGAACAGUGGCUGAUUGUGAGAAUAAUAACUAUACACACAAUUAAAAGAUGAAAGUAACUGGCAAUCAAGGUAAAGUAGUUAACCACUAGCACAGUCUGGUGUCAAACAAAAACAAUUUUUAAAACAGGCUCAACCUUUUCCUGUUAAUGAUUCGCAAAAAAAAAAUAGUGUAAUGUUUACAUACUGUGUUUAAUAAGACAUUAGACAAUAGUGCAUUUAGAAAGUGGUUUAUUUGAAAUUAUUUAAAUUAUUUUUAAUUUACUCAUCAAAGUAUAAGAUCUGUUUUGUUCAUGUUUCAAACAGAGGUACUUGAGUUUAGAACUUAAAAGAGUGUUUUUCAACAAUAGCUGUUGAAAGACAUUUCUGAACUUUAGGCACGCAGGUCUACUGUGUAUAUUGAAUUUGUCUUCAAAACAAAAGAUAAGUUAUUCCUGGACUUAAAAUUUAGCAUGAGUUAACAGAAAUUUAUAAGGCCUCUGGAAAAACACUCCUGUAACUUCUAAACUCAAGUACUCUCUGCCAAGUAGAUUUGCUGUGUAGGAGGUGGAAAAUUUGGCCAGCAGAGAAGAGGUUUAUUUUAGCAUAAAGAAAGAGAAGUGUUAUGAGAUGGAAUAUUCUUAUUAUAAUAAGAGUAAAUGAAUGAGUUGUACUUAAUCUUAGUUUCUAAUUCCACUAGUAGUCACUGCUUUAAGUUUUGGUUAAAAAUAUUUUAACAUAAUUUAGCAUAAAAUUUAUCAUGACAAAUAUUUAUAAAAGCAAAUUUUCAUAAAAUUUUUAUUGUUUUAAAUUCAAAAUUAUGGUAUGACAUUUAUUUCAAUUAAGAAAUAAUAUAUUGAGUAAUUCAUUUGUUCCAUAAGAUAAUAUUAUGUAAGGUUUCCAUGAAGAAAAUAUUUAUCCACUAAUAAUUACUUCAUUUCAUAUUUCAAUUUCACCACAACUUAUAUAGAAUAUAAAAUAAGUUAUCAAUAUACUAGCUUAAAGUAGGACGUUCUUUUUACAUAGCUAUAAAUUAAGACAUAAUGACUGUUAAGAAUAUGAUGAAUCAUCUCAUUUAUUUGCUCAAUUCAUUGUACAUUAUUUCAUUCAACUAUAUUUUAUUGAGGAGUUAUCAAGUUGAUGUUACUUUUAAAUUAGUUUCAAAAUCAAAAUUAAAUUGUCUAUUUCUUUUGCUCCUACGUGAAGCUUCAUAUGCCAAAUAAUAAUAUGAAUUUCUGAGUUCUGUUUGCAACUAAGUGGUAUUUCAUAAGGGGUCAUAUUGGAUACAUCUUAAAUCUUAAUUCUACUAUAAUUGUCUAGCAAUAAAUGCCUUUAAUCUACACAGUUUUAGCAAAUUAAAUUUAUCAAAAUUAUCAAUAGAUAGUAUAGUCUUCAAGAAUCAAGUAUCAAGUUGUUUGUUGGUUUUUUAGUGACCUUCAUCCCUUUUCCUAAGAUUUAAAAUGCUUAAAUAUUGAUCAACUGUUUCAAAGUUAAUAAAUAUGAGAUGAUGAAAAUAAUAGAUUUUGUCUUCCUUUAUGAUAAUGUUAUACGUGUGUUUACAAACAAUUAUGUGUGGGAGAACUUCUUCAAGAGCCAGAGAACACU